GAUGUUUCGUGCUUCACACAACGUAAUUCAAGUGGUUAGUCCAUCUCUGGAGGCCAACAUCUGCAAUGGGUACAACAUUAUUCUAUCUCGUGUGUAUAGUUCCCCUGAUGGGAAUCGUAAGAAGCGCCCCGACGGAGAGAUCUAUCGAAAUACAAGAACCAAAUACCCCAAGUGCAAGCCCAUUGGAGGAAGCCGGCUUCUUCGAAGGCGAUAUGUUACUCACCGAACCCCAGCAGGAUAUUAUCUCCUCCGGUCGAACGGCUUUGAUAUCGCCCGAGUCCCGAUGGCCACGUAAUACGGUAUACUAUGUUUUUGAUGACACCCUUUCUUCACAGCAAAUUAUACAAAUCAGGCAGGGUCUGGACUACAUUGAGAAUUUUAGCUGCAUAAAAUUCUUGCCUCGAACCACUCAGAAAGACUACGUCAGGGUGACAGGCGAGUACACCGGAUGUUGGUCUUUCCUGGGCCGCCGGGGAGGUGAACAACAGCUGAAUUUGCAACCGAAAGGGUGUAUGAGUCGGGGAACCAUUAUCCAUGAAUUUCUGCAUGUGCUGGGCUUUGUGCACAUGCAGAGUUCACCGGAGAGGGGUUUUUACGUCACGAUCGUUUAUGACGCCAUUCAGGGCGGAAAGCAAUCCAAUUUCAACCUUUACCAAUCGAAGCUGGUCGAUAAUUUCGGGGUUCCUUAUGACUACGACAGUGUGAUGCACUACAGCCCCACUGCAUUCAGCAAGAACGGUGGCCAUACGAUUAUUCCUUUGGAGCAGGGCGUCACGAUCGGACAGAGAGUGGGGCUGAGCUUUAAGGAUAUCAAGCGUUUGAACCUGCAUUACCCGGAGUGUCACAUACAAUAAAAGCAAGCAUUGUAGUGGGCGGAGCGAACUAUUUGAACUUUUGUUUUCAUUAUUUUUUUUUAUUUUUGAUUGAUUUUUCAUUUGAUUGAUUGUGUUCGCGCGCAACUGUAUUAAGUUUUCGGAUACAUAACAGAAAAACAGAUUUGAAUUUGAAACACAGAACAUAACGCAAACAGAUAGGGUAGCUGUUCCAGUAAUUGUGAGUCUAAGCACAAGCGUUGUUUUAAAAUGUGUUUCUAAGUAUUUAUAUCGCUAAUAUCCAUUAUAUUAUGUAUGUGUGUGAUAAUAAAUAUUAUAGACUGUCAUGUUCAUUAAAUGUUUUUAUAUAUUGUUAACAAAAUAUGUGUGGAAAAUAUAUGUUCCAGUAAUAGUAACAAUGUUCCUAUCAUAGUGGAGAAUGUUCCAGUAAUAGUGGUAGUUGAUUUUUUUAUUCAAUACUCCGUUUAUACGAGCAAAUGAAUUAUGACUUUGCUUUUCCGUACACUGAAGUAUUAUUGAAUACUUUUUUCUUAGGAAACGUUACAUAUUCAAGGGAACAUUUACAGCUUAUGUUACGUUUUUUUUUCAUAUGGAGGAAAGAAAUCAACAUUGUGGUAAUUAUUAUUUUCAAGUUUCAUGGAA